AUGGCAGAGAUGAGAGCUCAACUGACAGAGCAGAUGAAUGUGCAGAUGGCGCAGUUUAUGGAAGCAUUGACUAAUGUAUCGAGGCAUAGUGCUGAUGGUGCACAUGAGGAAGUUGAAAGGUAUCGUCUGAUUGAAGAACGUCUCAGAGCUGUUGAAGGCAAAGGGGUGUUAGGCAUGGAUAUCAAUGACUUGGGGUUGGUUCCCGGUGUGAGGAUCCCACCAAAAUUCAAAGUUCCAUCUUUUGACAAAUACAAUGGGACGACUUGUCCCAUGACUCAUGUCAAGGCUUACUAUCGCAAGAUGUCAGUUUAUUCUGAGGAUAAGGGUUUUCUAAUGCAUUUCUUCCAGGAUAGCUUGGCUGGAGCUUCCUUGGAGUGGACCCAGUUGCAGAGUUUGGUUCAGGGGUCUAAAGAAUCUUUCAAAGAGUACGCUCAGAGAUGGCUUGAGUUAGCUGCAAGAGUUCAGCCACCGAUGACUGAACGUGAGAUGAUUGACAUGUUCACCAGUACUUUGUCUGGACACUAUUACUUGGCUUGCAGUGCUUCAGCUAACUUUUCUGAAAUGGUGAGAUAUGGCUAA